UAGGUCAAGUUUAUUAAUGUAUUUAUUUUUAGUGAUUUGCUUACCUUUCCUAGACUUAGCACUCCUAUCGGUUUAUUUUUGUGUUGUAACUUUCUGACAAGCCCCCCCCCCUCCCCCCUUACUGGGCAUAUGUUUAAAAAGAGCUUAAUAGCUCAUCGGAUUUCUCCAGUCUGAAUAAAGAUUCUGAGUUCUAAAGGUUCCAGAAACAACAUUUGUGUUCGAACACUGACGGCGGGGCGAUGGUUGCGAUAAAUUUCAUCAAGCCAGGUCGUGUCUUUUAAAAGUCAAUGCCAACUCUCUGGGUGUUACAGCUCUCUCCUCCUCGUGUGGGGAGAAGUCCCCGAGUGUGUUAACCAUUGCGGUGGACGUGUGUGUGGAUGUGUGUGUGUGUCCUGCGGGGGCUGUUGAGAAUUCGCAUGGAUUUUUCUCCGGGUCCUCUGGUUUUUCCCUCCCCAUUUAAAAACUUGCGUUUAGAGCAUUUGGCUACAAUAAAUUUCCAUCUGAUAAGGCACUUCGUGCAGGGAGGGGGGGGAGCGUGUGAUGUGCCUUGUGGUUGCCGGGCUCCGCUGCCUGUGUGGAGACUUACGGUUUAUUUUAACAAUGGCACAGAGUAACAUUCUGGGACAUAAGCGUGGCGUUUGUUGCAACGGUACAGACUUCACAGCCCGGUCCCAGAUACACACCGUUUCACAGACUGUGAGGUGCAAAAUCGGAGAAUGGUUUAAAAAAAUUCUGUUUUAGAAACAUGUAGCCCCAUUAAAAAAAAAACUGUUGUGUACUAUUGUUAUCCACACGGGAAUAUGGCAUUCUGAACGUUCGGCUCGGCUCAUUGUGUCCAUUAAGCAUAUUCAAUAUUGGUGCAAGCAAAUAUGACUUGCACGGAGUGGGCAAUUGGAAGCAGAGGGUUUCCUUCUCAAUUGGACAUUGAGACAUUGAAUCAGUGGUGGACAGGUGGAAACGUUAUACAUGACUAUUCCAGGGGCCUGUACUCUAUAGGACUGUCGCUGAACAAGCUGUAGCCUCGCGAACCACGAAAGGCCCGGGCCCUUUGAUGAGUCAUGCGGCAGAAGGUGACACGAGGCAGCAAGAGGGCCACUAAAUGCUUCUGUAUGUGGGCAGUUAUCCCCUCCCCCCGCCACCAGCCCCUGUCUAAGUAGGAAGGUUAAAAAUAGGGCUCCCGCUGCACGUUGCUUUGGCUUAGCUUUUUCACGUGGAAGCGCUAUUUUUAGGGCGUGUGAGCGCUGCUGUUUUUCCCCCGGUGGCGGCGGUGGCGACAGCAGCGCCGGCAGCAGCGCUGGUGCUCGUGUGGUGGCAUUGGCUCAUGUCUGGGCUGGGGGGGGGGGAAGGAGUUCUGCACGCCACCCGUCCUUGCCUCGUGUUGCGCUGCACACUUUAGCACGGCGGUUUUGCAGCAAACUCUUUACAAUACUCAUGUCGUGUGGAAUUCUGUUUAGCUCUGAUAUCGCUAGCCACUGUUAACUUUGGCCUGGGAAUCAAACUCUUAAUGGCCCGAGUUUGUGCCAAACACUACCACCGCUAAUCUGUGUGAGGAAUGGAGUCUACAUGGUUUUGGCCUGCCCGAAGAUUUGUAUGUUGACCCUCAUAUCCCAAGAGUCUACUUUUAAUUGUUCUUUGAGGCUACGUUUUUUUAGAUGGAGUUCUUGGAGUGAAAUGCUCCGGAGAAGGUCGCUGCCACGAGGACCCUCCCCGCAGACGAGAGACGACCGCAUUUACAGCACAUCUGUAGCACAGUACGCAGUUUCCAGGCAGCAGGGGCCACCUCAGGCCUCCUAUGGUGCAGCCCAUGAUAUGAGCAAGGCAGCCCAGCCCCUGGCCCCGACGCAGCAGCCCCCACACGCACCCUCACCCGGCCUGCAGCAGCACCCGUACACAGCCAGUCAAGCUGGCCCUCCGUCCUUAGUGUUCCAGGCUGCCCCGCCGACACAGCAGCCGCCCCCCAUGAAUACGCAGGCUCCCCAAACGCGGCAGCUCCCACAUGGUUCCCGUGCGCUGCACCACCAGGGAGGAUUCAGGCCCAUCCAGUUCAUGCAGCCGAGGCCCGUGAGCCAAAACAGCGGGCCCCGAGUGGCCGGCAGCCAGCCCAACAUGCGCAGCAUGGCCCCGGCGCCCGCGCCCGGCAUGUACCAGCCCGGCACGCAGCAGGCUGCACCCACCAUGAUCAACCCGCUGUCGUACAGCAUGCAGUACUCGCAGGCCACCGGCACGGGGCCCCAGUACUACUUCACCACACAGAACCAGUUCCGCCCGCCGUACGUGAACCAGACGCCGCAGUACCCGGUGCAGCCGGCGGGCACCGCGUCGGCGCUCUUCUCUGGUCCGGGGCACGGCACGGAGUACCCGUACGGCAACACGUUCUACUCCGGAGCGGCCGCGCAGGCCGUGCCGCCCUAUAGUCUGCAGCAGCCGCCCUUUGUGCCCAUCUCCCACGCACAGCAGCAACAGCAGCAACAGCAGCAGCAGCAACAGCAGCAGCAACAACAGCAGCAGCAAAAUGCCAUGGCGUCGCAGAUGAAGCGGGAGAGAAAGCAGAUUCGAAUCAGAGAUCCAACACAAGGGGGCAAAGAUAUAACGGAAGAAAUCAUGUCCGGGGGCGGAACCACACGUAACUCUACCCCUCCGUCUCGGUCCAGCUCGACACCUACACCGCCACAGUUUGUUUACGCUCACCCCGCUCCUCCUCACCUCUUUUACCUCAAGCCACAGCCCCUGCUGCUGGCGCCGUCGCAGAGCAACGGGGAGAGCGCCCUGCCGCACCCCAUGGGGCCGCCGGCCCGCCCAGAGGGAAAGCCGCGGCUGUCUGCGGCUGUGACAACGAUCAAACCCCCUCCUCCGGACCCGACUCCUCCGCCAGCUCCCACCGGCUCUGACCCACACGCACCCGAUGUCCAGCAAGACACCAAGCCGCAGCCUCAGCAGCCGCAGCCUCAGCAGCCUCAGCAGCCUCAGCAGCCGCAGCAGCCUCAGCAGCCGCAGCAGCCUCAGCAGCCGCAGCAGCAGCCUCAGCAGCCGCGGCUCAGCCAGAGGCUGUGGCGGUCACACCGGAGUCGGACCCAGAGCCCGAGGCCGAGCCAUCUCUGCCCCUGGAGCAGACAGCCAACAGCACGGUGCCCCUUGCCCCCGCCGCCCACGUGGAAGUGGCGCCGCCCGUCCCUGCCACGUUGGCAGCACCGCCCGCGCCCGCCGCAUUGGCGGUGGUGGCGGCAGUGGAGGUGGCGACGGUGGAGCCCACGGUCCCGGCCCUGCCGGCCGUGGAGGAAAUCGUGGUGGAGGCGCCGCCUCCGGCCGUCGAGGAGAAGGAGCCCGCGGCGCCCCCCGCCCCCCCCCGCUGUUGCGGCGCCCGUCGUCAUCGCCACCGCCCCCGAGUCAGCCGCGCCAGCCGUCGCCCCUGCCAUUACUGCCGCCCCCCUGAACGAGAAGGACACGGACAUCUCCGCGCCCACAGAGGUGGCGCCUGAAGCGAAAGACAAGCCUGCUGCUCAGGCAAAGACCAUUGCGCAGGCUCAGCCGGUCGCACCCACGAAAGCCGCGGCCGUUGCUGCGCCGCAGCCACUGCCUGUAGAACAGCCUCAGCCUGCCUCGCAGGCCCAACCGACGCCACAGGCCCAGCUUUCCGUCGCUAUUGCCGGCCCCGCUGUUAAGGCCGUUUCCCCAGCCACCGUUGCUGCCGCCCCCUCUCCCGCGGCGGCGGUUGUGGCGCCGCCCCCGCCCGAGGUUGCGGAGCAGGAGCAACAGCAGCAGCAGCAGGAGCCGCAACAGCAGCCGCUGCCACCGCCCGUGGUCACGGACUUGAAGAAGCCCGAGGCUCUGGCCCCCAAGGAGGCCACCACUCCCACGGUGACCGAGGCAGCGGAGGUGGAGGCGCCUGUCGUGGAGCCGAAGGCUGUGGAGCCGAAGGCCCCCGAGGAGGUGGAGGAAGAGGAAGUGGAGGACAUCCCCACGGCGCAGCCGGCCUCCCCACCCGGUCCAACGACAACUGCCACUGAUGGUAUCCAGGGUGUGGGCUCAGUCUCGGAGGCCGGUGCCCAGAAGAAGGUGAAGAAGGACUGGCACAAGAAGGAGCUGGACGGAGACCUGAUGAGCGCGUUCAAGGAGCCAACCGCCAAGGAGGAGCCACCAGCCGUGGAGGUGGCCGCUGCGCCCCCUAAGAAGGGCGCUGAGCCAGAGGCGGCCCCAGCCGGCAAGCCGACACAGCCGCCCGCAGAGGAGAAGGACGAGACUUGGGAGGAGAAGGAGGAUAAGUCCGGCACUGGCUCCAACUCCAAGUAUCAGUACAAGAAUGAAGACUGGAAACCCCUUAACGAGGAAGAUAAGAAGAGGUAUGACCGUGACUUCUUGCUGCAGUUCCAGUUCCGCCAGGCGAGCACAAAAAAGCCAGAGGGUCUCCCAGCCAUCAGCGAUGUUGUAUUAGACUCGAUGAACAAGGCACCCCCCCCACGCCUCGACCACGCGCGACUCAUUAAGGCGGGGCCGGACUUCACGCCCUCCUACGCCAACCUAGACCGCCAGCAGAUUAUGGGCGGCCAUGCCGGAGGUCCUGGGCCUGGCCCUGGACGCGGCCCCUGCCCCGACUUCCGUAUCCAGAGCAUGGGUGGAGGAGGAGGGGGGGGUGGCGGAGGGGGGGGCGGCGGCGGUGGCGGCGGUGGAGGCCCCCGGCGCUCGCAGACGCAGCAGCGCAAGGAGCCGCGCAAGAUCAUCACCAUCUCGUCCAUGUCGGACGACGUGAAGUUGAACCGCGCCGAACAUGCCUGGAAGCCCACGCUGAAGCGCGAGCCGCCCCCGAACGACCCGGAGAGUGGUCGUACGCAGGAUCUCUUCAAGAAGGUGCGCAGUAUCCUGAACAAGCUUACGCCGCAGAUGUUCCAGGCGCUCAUGAAGCAGGUGACCGACCUGAAGAUCGACACGGAGGAGCGGCUGAAGGGCGUCAUCGACCUCGUGUUCGAGAAGGCCAUCGACGAGCCCAGCUUCUCCGUAGCCUACGCCAACAUGUGCCGCUGCUUGGCCAUGCUCAAGGUGCCGGUGGCUGAGAAGCCCGGCGUGUCGGUGAACUUCCGGAAAGUGCUGCUCAACCGCUGCCAGAAGGAGUUUGAGAAGGACAAGGAUGAUGACGAUAUUUUCGAACGCAAGCAGAAGGAGAUGGAGGCAGCUGCCACGCCCGAGGAGCGGACGCGGCUGCACGACGAGCUGGAGGAUUCUCGCGACAAGGCGAGGCGACGCUCGCUAGGAAACAUCCGCUUCAUUGGCGAGCUCUUCAAGCUGAAGAUGCUGACGGAGCCGAUCAUGCACGACUGCCUCGUGAAGCUGCUCAAGACGCACGAGGAGGAGUCGCUCGAGUGCCUCUGCCGUCUGCUCACCACCAUCGGCAAGGACCUGGACUUCGAGAAGGCCAAGCCUCGCAUGGACCAGUACUUCCACCAAAUGGAGAAGAUUGUGAAGGAGAGGAAAACGUCGUCGCGCAUCCGCUUCAUGCUGCAGGACGUCAUCGACCUCAGGAGGAAUACCUGGGUGCCGAGGCGAGGAGACCUGGGACCCAAGACCAUCGAGCAGAUUCACCGCGAGGCUCAGAUCGAGGAGCAGCAGCAGCAGAUGAGGGUGCAGCAGCAGCUCAAGGGACAGAGCCAGCAGAUGGACAAACGUGGGACCGGCCGAGGAGGCCCCAGCUUGCACACAGCAACGGCGGUGCGUGGGCCACCCCAGCCAGACGAGGGCUGGAGCACAGUUCCAAUUAACAAGAGCUCCCGAGGUCUCGACCCCUCCAAGCUCAAGCUCUCGAAGCCGAUGUCGGAUGACAUUCAGCUGGGACCUGCCAACCGGCACUGGGGAAAGGGCAGCAGCGGCGGCAUUGGAUCCAAGCCCAUUGAGACAGAGUUGGGCCAGAGCAGCGGCGGCGUCGGCACCGCCCCGAACCGUUACUCGGCUCUGCAGAACCAGAUGGCGCAACCUCCCUCGGAGAGCAGCGACAGCCGGAGACCAAUCAGCAGGGGCAGCACUGGUCGCGACCGCCCUGAGCGCGUCGAGCGCGGCAUGGAGAGGAGCGCGCGGCCGCCUGGUCCCACGAAGCGCAGCUUCAGCAAGGAGCAGCCGGACGAGCGGAGCCGCGAGCGCAACAGCGAGCGCGAGGGAGCGGCGAGAAGGGCGGGCGGCAGCAGCGGCGGUGCCGGGCAGCACGAGGAGCGGGCGCGGGAGCGUGAGGACGAGCGCAAGCAGCAGCACAGGACGCCCAGCGCUGGCAAGGAGGAGGUGGCGACGCCUGCCGCGCUAACCAAGCCGGCCCUUAGCGAGGAGGAGGUGGAGAGGAAAGCCCAGGCCAUCAUUGACGAGUUCCUGCACAUUAACGACAUGAAGGAGGCGGUGCAGUGCGUGAUAGAGCUGCACUCUCCCACACUGCUCUACGUGUUCGUGCGGACGGGCAUGGAGUCGACACUGGAGCGCAGCACCAUCACGCGCGAGCACAUGGGUCAGCUGGUGGCCCAGCUGGUGCUCAGGGGUGCCAUGACCAAGGCGCAGUACUUCAAGGGGCUGGCCGAGAUCCUGGAGUCAUCCGAGGACAUGGAGAUCGAUAUUCCUCACAUCUGGGUGUACCUGGGCGAGCUGAUCGUGCCCAUGGUAACGGAGGGGAGCAUCACCCUGGAGGAGCUCUGCUCGGAGGUGGUGAAGCCUCUGCGUCCUGUGGGCAAGGCCGACAUCCUCAUGGCCGACAUUCUGCUGCUGCUGUGCAAGCACAUGAGCCACACCAAGGUGGGGGCGAUGUGGAGGCAAGCGGGGCUCAACUGGGCCUUGAUCCUGCCGGAGGGAGACAACGUGACCAGGUUCAUCACGGAGAAGAAGCUCGAGUUCACGCUGCCGGAGGCCAGCGCCGCCGUGGAGGUGCCCGUCAAGAGAGCGGCCAUGUCCAUGGAGGAGGUGGAGCAGCAUCUGAACCGGCUGCUGCAGGAGAAGGUCGACAACGAGAGGAUAUUCGACUGGAUCGAGGUUAAUCUGGAGGAGAGCCAGACUAAAUCUUCAGCAUUCAUCAGGGCGCUCAUGACGUCCUUGUGCCAGUGUGCGAUCGAGGACCAUAGAGCCCAAGUCACCGAAACCCCGACCAUCACGAGCAGAACGCGGAUACUGAUCAAGUACCUGGAUGGAGACGCCACGCGGGAGCUGGAAGCACUUUAUGCACUACAGGCUUUGAUUUUCAAGCUCGAUCACCCCCCAAAGGUCCUCCAGACACUGUUUGACAACCUCUACGACGAGGACAUCAUAUCCGAGGACACUUUCUACCAGUGGGAGACGAGCAACGACCCGGCCGAGCAGCAGGGCAAGGGCGUCGCGCUCAAGUCCGUCACCUCCUUCUUCAAGUGGCUCCGCGAGGCGGACGAGGAGUCCGAGGACAACUGAGAGACGGACGGACGGACGGCGGCGGCGGCGGAUAAAAAUCGUUAAAUAAAAAAAACUACGCAUCCUGCCCCAAGUUUUAUUUUUGGCUUUUUAUUUUCAUAUUUUGGGGUGUUUACUCCCUGUUGUGUUGCGGCACGUGCGCGCGCCUGCCCGCCCGCACGCACCUCUCGGAUCCCGACCUGCACUCUUCUUUGUCCAUCAGCCUCUGCCGCCCUCUUCUAAGUGGUCGACCGCCCCCCCGCCCCCGGGCUGCUUGGCGAUAAUGGCCGACACAAGCGAAACUGUCGCUCGCGAUGCGUUUUGAGGAUUUUGCGAGGUACCAGGUGGGGAGAGGGAGGAGGCCCUCUCUCUCUCUAUCUCUCCUCAUCGCCAGGGCUGAGUUUCCAAAUUACGAGUUUCCCCGAGUUGUUGAAAACAUUUCCUGACUUCAUUUCCACCUUUUUUUUUCUUUCUGAUUUUUUUGGGUUUUUUUUUUCCCUUUGUUAUUAAUUUCAGCCGAACGGAUAUAAAAUGGUCGUGGAGGAGUCCGUUAACUAAUGAUAGGCGCGCAAUGAGAUCAGUAUUUAUGUAGUUCCACCGGCCAGGCGAGCGGCUGCUGCAAACUGCCGCCGCACCAUCCCCGUCCCCACCCUCACCGAGCUGUAGUUCGGCGUUGUCUGGCGAGUGCACACCAAGCAUCGGCAGAAGCGGUUUAGAAUUGUUGAACCCGGAGUCUUAAACCCCCCCCCUCUCUCCACAUCACCGACCGCAAAUCAAACCAUUUUCACUUUUUAAUAUAGAUCGACUGAUUUAUCGUGUUCGUUUGCAUCUUUUUUUGACAAACUUGAAAAAGCCUGAGGAUUGUCAGGAUAACUAAUCAUGAUUACUCUGCAUUUUUGUUUUUGUUCGUGUUUAAAAACAGAAACGUGAUUGGGUUUUUUUUUCCCUCUUCCCUCCCCCUCGCGUCGCUCCACGCGAAAGCUGUCGUUGAACGUGACGACUACGGGCGGCGCCUUAGGGCGGCGGGGUGGGGGCACGGUGAGAGAUGACAUCACAGAGCUGUAUUUAUUAUUAUGGCAAAAAAAACGUUUUAAGAAAUACACUUUUUUUCUCUUUUUGUUAAGUGCUGGUUAAAUCGCAAAAAAAAAAUUCCAGUUCUCCGAAGCUUUAUGAGAAAUAAUACGUAUGGAAAAAAGUAUAAAAAUACAAAAAUAAGUUAAAACGUAAAAAAAUAUAUAAAGAAAAUUAAGGGUUACCUUAAUUUAUUUUUUAAAGUCCACACUUGCUCAGUUUGUUCGAUCAAUUUAGAAUUUCUAUUUAAGACAAAAAUAAGUGCUGUAAAAUAGACCUUUUCCCAGUUUUCGCCUUGAAACAAAGAUUACUUAAACUCUAGAGAACGCAAGAAUAACGAGUGCAAGGAAGAGGCUGGACUCGAUAGAAUCUUUUUCGCUUAUUUUUAUGAUUUAGAUUUUUUUUUUUAGAUCCUCGAUCCCGCUUGGGCUUUUUUUUUUGUGGCUUUUGGCGACAGAGGUUAAUAACUCUGUCUAAAAUCGAUGCAACAAAUGAGAGGCGAGCCAUUGGAUUGUGAGAAAAUCGCGCUUUGGCUUCUGUGGAGAAGACCCCCCCCCACACACCCACCCCGGAGAGACAGGGAGGGUGGUUUUCUUGGUGCGUCGCAGCAGUGCGCUUUCUUUUCUCUCUCCCCUCCCCCAUCCCCCGUUCCUCGACCUCCGACCUUUAUCCCACGUUAAUAAUAAAAAGAAAACAACAGAUGCAACAGCUGGGGGCAGUGGGGGGGGGGAAAGAGAAAAAAAUUGUACAUACGAGAUGCUGAAUCGAGAAAUAUUUAAUAAAGGUUAUAACCCUCUUUUCACUUUGGAAGCAACACAAAUAAAAAGACGCUCUUGCAAAAGAAUAUUUUCAAGUGUGCGGGGUCUGCUCUUGGCAGCGUUCACUAUGAGCUAGUAAAAAGUGGAUUAAUGUGCCUAUCAGUUCUUACGAUAUAUGUAAAACGAAUAAAAUGACAUACGAUGAGCAUGUCC